AUGUCCGACAAAGAGAAGAAUCCCACCCUCGUCACUGUUGUCGACGAUGCGGUGCUCACAGAGCGGGCGCAGAAAUUCAAGGAGGCCGAAGAGUCUAUGAGCCUAGGGGCGACUUUUCGCGCAUACAAGAAGGCGCUGGCUUGGUCGGUGCUCGUGUCAAUGAACAUUGUGAUGGAGAGUUACGGGACGAUCCUGCUCAACUCGUUCUAUGCGCAGCCGGCAUUCCUGGCCAAGUUUGGCGAGGUUGGACACUCGGGCAAGCUCGAGAUCCCCGCCAAGUGGCAGACAUCAAUGUCGCUCGCGUCGUCGGUGGGCAUCAUCAUUGGUAUCUGGCUUAACGGCCUGGUCGUCGACCGAUGGGGAUACAAGAAGAUUAUGGUCGCCUCUCUCAUUGCGCUGAGCGGGUUCGUUGCUCUCCCCUUUGCUGCCACUAGCAAGGGCAUGAUCGUCGCGGGCAUGCUCCUCUGCGGCUUGCCGUGGGGCACGCUCAAUGUCAUUGCGCCGGCUUACGCGGUCGAAGUCCUCCCUCCGGCUAUUAGGCACUAUGGCCCGACGUACGUCAACCAGUGCUGGGUGAUUGGGCAUCUGAUUGGCGCUGGUGUGCAGACCGGUCUCUUGAGUAACCACGGACAAUGGGGUUGGCGCAUUCCCUUCGCCCUGCAGUGGAUGUGGCCAGUCCCGCUCAUCAUCGGCGCCCUCCUGUGUCCCGAGAGUCCGUGGUGGCUCGUUCGCCACGGGCGGACAGCCGACGCCGUUCAUUCCAUGAAGCGCCUAGCUUCGUCCGCCAUUGACCACGAGGAGGCCGUCGCAUUGAUCGAGCACACUGUCCGCCUCGAGCGCGACCUCGACUUUGGCUCCACCUACUCUGACAUGGUCCGUGGCGUCGAUCGUCGCCGUACAGAAAUCGGAACGGUCGCACUUUCAUCCCAGGCUCUCGUGGGCUUCAUUGUGCAGGGCUACCAGACCUACUUUUUCAAGCAGGCCGGUAUGCCGACUACCGACAGCUUCAAACUCACCCUGGGCACGUACGGAAUUGCGUUCGUCGGCACGGCCUUGAGCAUGCCGCUUCAGGACCGUUUUGGCCGCCGCACCCUUUGGCUGGCAGGCAUGGCUUGGAUGCUAUGCACCAUGGUCCCCGUUGGCAUCCUGGCUUGUGUCCACCAAACCCAGAGCGUCAUGUGGGCCGAGGGUAUUAUCCUCAUGGUCUGGUUUGGGGGAUACGGCUGGUCUGUGGGGCCGCUCGCAUUCGUCAUUGCGUCCGAGGUCGGCAGCGCUCAGCUGCGUGCCAAGACCAUCGCAGUCGCCCGUGGCAUGCAGUACCUCAUCACUAUCGCAAACACGGUCGUAGCACCGUACGUGCUCAACUCGGACCAGGCAAACCUCAAGGGCAAGGCGGCGUUCAUCCCCGCUGGCUUUACUGUUGUGCUCAUCGUGUGGUCGUACUUCCGCCUGCCAGAGACCAAGGGCCGCAGCUUUGACGAGCUCGACGUGCUCUUCGCCAAGCGCGUGCCUGCUCGCAAGUUCCGCGACUAUGUCGUCACGAUCGAGGACGAGAUGCCGGCCAGUGCCAAGGCUGUCGAGGACCAGCCCUGA